GCUACUAAGAGACUGCCUCAGAGUGAGAAAACCAGAGAGAGUUCUUCUGUCAAAGCUAUAGACAGCUUUAUCAGACAGCCAGAGACAGACCGCUGCAAAGGGCUUAUCUCAGAAAACCAGAGACAAGUGUCUUCAGAAAGACAAAGCCUUCUGCCAAGAAGAAAGGAAAAGAUUAAACCAGUCACUUGUCAAGGACCAGCAACACACAGAAGCCACAAUGUGUAAAGGAUUAGCUGCCCUGCCCCACACCUGUCUGGAGAGAGCCAAGGAGAUAAAGACCAAACUUGGUACCCUUCUCCAGAAGCCGGACACUGCCAUCGACCUGAUUAUCAAUUACCCUGAAAAGCCUGAGAAGCAAAUCAAGGCCCCCAAACCAUCAACUGAUGAGGCCUUGCAAUGGAAAGAUUCUCUGGAGAAGAUGCUUCAGAACAGCUAUGGACUUUCUGCUUUCCAAAGCUUUCUGAAGAUGGAAUUCAGUGAGGAGAAUAUUGAAUUUUGGAUGGCUUGUGAGGAUUAUAAGAAGACCAAGACUCCAGCUAAAAUGGCUCUGAAAGCCCAGAAAAUCUUUGAGGAAUUCAUCCAGACAGAGGCUCCAAGAGAGGUCAAUAUUGACCACUUCACCAGAGCAGUGACAAUGAAGAAUUUGGUGGAACCAUCAUUCUCCAGCCUUGAUUUGGCCCAGAAGAAGAUUUUUGCUCUUAUGGAGAAAGACUCACUGCCCAGAUUCAUCCGCUCAGAGAUCUACCAAGAAUUAGUGAAAUAGCAGCAUGGCAGAGCUGUGCAGAGCUCCCCA